AAAAAUAAGUUGUCAGUAUGUCAACGUCAUUGCAUUGUUUAUAAAGAUGAUUUAAAAAAACAAUAAUCUAAGAAUAACCAAAUAUUGUACCUUGUUUGCGAUCAAAUUAACUUAAAUCAUUACUAAUUAGCGCAAUCAAUAAUUAACAAAAGUUUGAUUAAAUAAGAGCAAAAUGUCUAAAACACCUACCAAAAACUCAGACUCGGUAUUUUUUGGCCCGAAAGAACUGAUGACGCCAAAUAAAGAUCCAACGGGAAUAGUAAAAACGGUUUUUACGCAGAUAUCUAACAUACAUCGACUUUUAAGUCAAUGGUUCAGAGUUAUUGAGAAAGGAACGGAAUUCGUAAGAUUAAUAUGUGCAUUAAAAUUGCAUGAAUACCGAGAAGAUUAUUACCCACAACAAUUAAAAAGAUUAAUGGAGGAUCUGCUAGAAGCCAAAAAUGUAUUAAAGGACAUAGUUGAAAGUGUGGAUAUCAUCAAUAAGCAAGUUCAAGUAUUACCAAAACUACAUUCAACAGGUUUGCCAGUUAUGAACACAUGGCUAGCUCCCCACUUUGCAUCUCAAGUAUUGACUAUGUACACAUCAUUGUGCAAAGAGUUUAAACUGAAAGAAGUUAUUACAGAAAACAUUGCACACUGCAGAGAUGAGAAACUGAUCGAAGUGUAUGCCAGUGCUUGGGAGUAUACAAUGUAUAUAAAUAUGGAAUCUGUCGCUUAUAUGUUUGCUGAAAUCGGUUUGAGUAGUAUUAAAAAAGAUAUUAAGUGUUAAAUUAUAUACCAUCGUAAUUUUAAGCUACAUGUAUAAUUUUAAACCAAUGAAAUAAUAGUGAGAAAUAUUAAUAACUGUAAACGGACAGACAUAAACAUUAAUAAAAGUAAACCAUGUUUUUAAAUAACCAAGUAAAUCCCUAAGGAGUUCACCUUUACAAUACUUCUAAAGAUAUAGUUCUUUAUGAUACUUGUAAAUCUAAGCUUAUACUCCUAUUUUCCGGGUGUUCCCUGUUGGACCAAUCAAUCGGUCCAAUGGUAAAAAAUCAAGUGGGUCGAUUAAUCGGUAGGCCUAUAGGUCCAACGGGAAAUAUCUUAUUCUCGAGGGCUGAUUACGACAUUUUUUUACACACACACACAGUCACAGUUUACUAAGUUAUUAUUAA